UACACAGCACUGCCGUUACAAGAGCUUGGCGUCAAAGAACAUUUCUGCUAAUAAAGUUAAACAAAUAUUCGCAGUUUAUCCAACAAGCAGGCCUUUCCCACGAAAUCAGACUUAUAAAUAUUUAUAUAUUCAUUUGAGACUUGGCGAUAUCCGUUUAAACCCGAAGCCCAAUACAAUAACAAUGCCUUCCGAUAACAAGGGAACCGAUCCGAAGUCCAUAGCCGCUCGCCUCCGCGAACGCUAUUUAAAUCUCUCGUCCCCAUUCUUAAAGGAUGUCACCCCUAAGAAAUCGCUGCCGUCGAAACUAUACAAGUCCUGGCCGACUACCCAACUGGAAGUCGAGGAGCUGGAGUACCACGAAUUCGAGCGUGGUCUCCACAUUUCUAGCUUAGGCCCGGAGUUCAACAAGCCGGAGGAGCAGCCUAAGCUUAAGUACGAGCUUGCAGAGGAUUACAAGAGCUCAAAGCUCUGCAUCUGCAUGCGCUCGAACACCGCAUACGAGUGCGAUCGAUGCCACCAGUACUUCUACGGGCGGCUCUCAGAGAUUUGUGAGAAGCAUCCACAGGAGUUUUUCCUUAUGGAUAAGCGCUCCUGUCCAUUCUGCAAUGCCCCCAUUGAGAUGAUAAAGAAGUCGCCUAUCAGCUGGGAGACUAUACGUAAGAUUGAAGAAGCCGAGUUGCCCAGUGAUGGAGAUCUAUGAUUGAGAGUUUGAGACUCGACUGCAUGUUACCUUAAAUACAUUAUUAAAUGUAGAACACACUGUAAUUAUAUGUUAUGUAUCCGAAUACAUUAGAGGACUUCGACUAAAAGGA